CAAACACUUAAACGACAUGUAACAACAAAAUUAUUUUUUAGUCUUUAUGAGGAAAAUCAUAUAACUAAUGCACGAAAAAGUAAACAUCUCAUACCUGCAUUAUUUCAAGGUUUUAGUUUUUCACAAUGAGUGAUUUUUAUUUUGCAGAAAGAUGAUAAAGUAGAAUACAAAUUGCAUUUAAUUGGAUGAAAUUAGGGAAUUGGAGCUGCAAAUGAAAUUCUCUAGCAGUCUAAAUGCAAUCCAAGUAUCUGAUUUUAAUCAUAAUUCAGAGAAAAUAAAAUUCACAAGUCUAGAUUCUAUAGAAAGAAGCAUCGAUCUGGUGAAAAAAAAAAAACUAUUUAUUGAAAAAAAAAAACUAAAAUGAAAAUAUUUUUUAUUUUUUAUUUUUUACUUUUAUUGGUUUAAUACAGUAGACGGGAGGAAGUCUAACUCUUGAGUUUGCAAAUGCAAUGACCGUGAUUUUUUUUUUUCCUUUCCAUACGUGCUCACUUUCAUUAAUACUAUCUUGUAUUUUUACUCCAUCUUGAUUCUUGGGAAAUGAAUUCAGUUGCAGAAUUUGAUUUUAUUAUUUUCAUUUUAUUGACUUCGAUGCAACUACGUCAGCUGAAAGGCAAUAUUAUCUAGGUCAAAUUAAGGCUGGGAAGAAGAACAGUGCAUGCAGCUGUCCACUUGGUCGAGCAUCUCGCUGCAUGAUCAAACAUAUUUGUAAGAAGCAAAUCGGCCUGCUUUAUGUUUUUGCCAAAGACGAUAGCAAAUGACUCAAAGCCGAGCAGAAAAAUGGUUAGUACUGCUAUUUCCUUUUCAUUACUACCAAUCAAACUUAUCAAGGAGGAGACGAGAAUGGCUUCAGCAGACCGGAGGAAGAAUAGUAUUGUCAAAGAAUUUGGUCAUUUUACUUGUAGAUGUGCGGCCAUUGAGAAAAGAAUCCAGAAAUUAAACAAUUUUCUUAUUGAUGGUGGAUUUGGAAGCUUGGAGCAAAAUGGUCUCAUAUAUAGGCAAAAUAUUUUUAUUAGAUCAUUUGAAAUUGGGUUUGAUAGAAAAUUAUCCUUGGCUGCCUUAACCAAUUUUUUACAGGAUACUGCACUGAACCAUGUUAGAAUGAUAGGGUUAUUAGCAGCUGGUUUUGGUUCAACACCUGAAAUGAGUAAAAAGGACUUGAUUUGGGUACUCUGCACUUUGCAGAUACUAGUCGAUCGCCAUCCUUCAUGGCUUGAUGCUGUUGAAGUAGACACUUGGAUGUACCCAUCAGGACAAAAUGGUCAAGGACGAGACUGGCUUGUUCGUGAUGCCAAAACAGGCAAACCUUUGGCUCAAGCAUCUAGUGUAAUGGUGUUGUUGAAUAAGAAAACAAGAAAGCUAUCUAAAUUUACAGAGGAAAUUAGGGAUGAGAUUGCUCCUCAUAUGAUGAUGGACUGUAAUCCUAUCAUAAAUAGCAGAAAAAUGUUGCCAUUUGAUGUUAAUACGGCAGAUUAUGCUCGUACUGGUUUAACACCCGGGUGGAAUGACCUUGAUCUCAAUCAGCAUGUGAACCAUGUUCAAUACAUUAACUGGAUUCUUCAGAAUGUUCUCCGCUCAUUGAUACAGCAUCACAAGCUUUCAGACAUAACUUUGGAGUACAGGAAGGAGUGUGACAUCAACAGUAUACUGCAAUUUCUAUCCAAAAUUGUCAAAAAUGGCAGCAAUCAUUCUACAGAUACAAAUAAUUUGAUAGAGUUGGAUCACUCCUUGCUUCUUGAGAAUGGAUCAGAAAUUGCUAGGGCAAACACCAUCUGGAAGCCGAGAGAAGUGAACAACUUCAAGAAUGCAGUUUAUACUCCAGCAUGAACUAAACAACUUGCUGGCAAACCCAUUAAAAUAACACUGUUUUCGUAGUAAUAAUGAUAAAGCAAAAUAAAUAUAGAAGGAAAAAAAGAAAGCAGGGUUGGCAUUUUUUUCAUUUAUUUGCAUACCAAAAUGCAAAUGAAUGAAAAUUUUGCAUUAGCUUAGGUACCUUCUAUGGCAUUUUCAUUUUACUGGGAAUUCAUUUUCUGUUUUUCAGCUUAUAUAUAUUCAGCUUAAAAAAAAAA